UGAGAACGUAUUGUCGAUAGUACGACAUGAUUUUACAGUUUGCUACAUUCGCCAUCUUUGUACUUUUGUUGACUUCUGUUUCAGAUGGAAAAAUUUUUGGAAGAUGUCAGAUGGCAUCCAUAUUAGUUAAAAAUGGAUUUCCUAGGAGAGAUAUACCCGAUUGGAUCUGUAUGAUAUACCACGAAAGCAGUUUCAAUACCCGUAUCAAAAACAGAAAAAGAGACGGAAGCAUUGAUUAUGGUAUCUUCCAGAUUAAUGAUAAAUGUUGGUGCGCACCUCCCGGACCUUAUAACUUUUGCAAUAUACAUUGCUCAAAACUCGUGGACGAUAAUAUUAGAGAUGAUAUGAAAUGCGCCAAGUUAAUUUUCAGAAGGAGAUAUUUUUAUGCUUGGAAAGGUUGGAGAAAAUUUUGCCAUCGAAGGAACCUAAGAUGGUACGUGAAAGGAUGCAAAUAUUAACAAAAAAUAAUAUUUUUCUGUUAUACUCGUGCAGCUUGCCUUUAAAUGUUAUUCAAAUCUAUUUGGAAAUUUAAUUGUCGAAAUUAAAUGAUGGGACUUUGUUUAGGGUUUAGGUUUAUUUAGUUACGGCAACGCGACACAUGGGCGAUCUACCGAGAAAGAAAUACCUCACAAGAGGACUUUUAUGUAAAACUGGCUCCUAUUUAGGUGUUAAUAACGUGAAGAAUACCAGAAAAACUCCACGUGGCCAGCCCGUUGGCCAGGCGCGAACCAGUGUUUAAGGGUCUUAUAUACUCGGCCACUAGUGGGUCCUUUG